CAUGGCGGAUCACGAGGGUAGCAAGCUUCACAUUAUGAUGUACCCAUGGCUGGCCUUUGGCCACAUGAUUCCAUAUUUAGAGCUCUCCAAGCAUAUUGCUUCAAGAGGUCACAAAGUCUCUUUUGUUUCAACUCCCAGAAACAUCGACCGCCUCCCCAAACUCCCACCGAAUCUCGCUUCCCGUAUCAACUUUGUCAAGCUCCCUUUGCCGCCCCACCAAAACUUGCCGGAAAAUGCAGAGGCGACCAUCGACUUGCCGUAUGAUAAAGUGAAGUACCUUAAGCUAGCUCGUGAUGCUCUUCAGGAAACCAUGGCUAAGUUUCUUGAAGAGUUUUCCCCGGAUUGGAUUUUACAUGAUUUCGACUCUUACUGGUUGGCUCCCGUUGCAUCAAAGCUCGGUGUUUCCACGGCUUUAUUUAGCAUCUUCACUCCCCCGACGGUGGCUUUCUUCGGGCGAUUAGUUGAUUUUGCAGAGCGGACGAAAGCGGAAGAUUACACCGUUCCGCCCAAGUGGAUCCCGUUCAAAACAACCGUUGCCUUCCGGCUUUACGAGAUUUUACGCAUCAUCGACGCCGUGACGGAGGAAGACGACAACGUUUCCGAUAUUUUCCGAUUGAUUUCGGGCGUAGAACGGUGCGAUAUUGUGGCCGUGAGGGGCUGCUCGGAGUUCGAUUCCGAAUGGUUAAAGCUCCUGGAGAAUAUUCACCAGAAGCCGGUUUUCCCCGUCGGGCAGCUUCCCACGACGGCUUACGACGCUGGCGGUGGCCAUGAACCCACAGGUGAUUCAUGGAAGGAUAUCAAAGCGUGGCUUGACAAACAAGAAACCGGUAAAGUUAUCUACGUUGCAUUCGGCAGCGAGGCCAAACCGAGUCAAACUGAACUCACUGAGAUCGCACUCGGAUUAGAGCUCUCCGGGUUUCCCUUCUUCUGGGUUUUAAGAGCCAGACGCGGAGAAGCCGAUCCCGAGUUGAUCCACCUCCCAGAAGGCUUUGAAGAGCGCACCAAAGGGCGCGGCAUUGUGUGCACGAGUUGGGCACCGCAACUCAAGAUACUGAGCCACGAGUCAGUGGGCGGGUUCUUGACUCACUCCGGUUGGAGCUCAGUCGUAGAGGCCAUACAGUUCGAGAAGCCAUUAGUUCUGCUAACCUUCUUGGCAGACCAGGGGCUAAACGCUAGGGUUUUGGAGGAGAAGAAAAUUGGCUACUCUGUGCCGCGAGACGAACGAGACGGGCGGUUCACGAGAGAGGCAGUGGCCGAGUCAUUGAGGUUAGUGGUGGUCGAAAAAGAAGGGAAUAUUUACAGGGAAAAAAUCAAAGAAAUGAAGGGAUUGUUCUGUGACCAGACCAGGCAAGAUGGUUAUGUGGACACUUUAUUACAUUAUCUUCACUGCCACAAAAGCAUAAAAUAUGGCACCCAAACAAUCUCCACUCCAGAGCUUCGAGCAUCUGAGUAGCGCCUAGCUAUUUUUUUAAUCAUGCAAAUGACUAGUUGCAUUCAUCUCUGAAAAUUGUAAGCCAUUAAUUUGAUUAAAAUGGGCAUAUAUAUUAUGCAUUGCUCCACUUGUCUGCUGGAAGUUCCAACUCCUUUGUAUUGUUCUAUAUAUGCAGUGUGCAAAUUGAAUAAUAAUUUCCCUAUUAUUGUGCUUAUUUUAAA